AUGGUUAGAGCACAAUUCGAACCUUUGGCAAAACUUUGGGGAGUAGAAAAUAAAAAAGUACCAGAACUAUUGGAAAGAGAGGCAAAAUUAAUUAUGAUAGACGGUAAAUUACAACAGUUAUUAAAAAAUUCAUAUUUUGGAGGAACAUAUAUAGAUGUAAAAGCGAAUAAAAUAAACAUCAAUACUGUAGACCAAUCUAAGGUCAAAGAAGUGAAAAAUUCUUUACAAAUGAAAGAAUAUAAAAAUUAUUUAAGAUUUAAAAAAGCAAUUAACUCCUUGUCACAAUUAAAAUCCACAUACGUCAAAAUAGAUAAAUUAAUACGAAAAUUUGAUAUAAUUAAUAGCAUAAUUAGUAUUGAACAUGAAGUUAAUAAUGUUGUUAUAUAUUUAGAAGAUAAAAAUGAUCAAAAUACCAAAGAGUUUAUUGAAAGUGUUAAAUUUUUCAAACCGAAAAUAGUUUAUUCAUCUAAAAAAGAAGAAGGAAAAAUGGUAUUAAAUUCAUUUAAUUCACCUACUUUAGUGAAAAAGACACAAAUCAAUCCAAUGGUAGUUGGUGGAGAUCGAAUUGUCACUUGGUAUAACAAUAUUCCUUUCGGUUGCAGUGCAGGUUUUUGGAUGAAAGAUCAAGAUCAAUCAGAUGAAGAACUUCUAUUAGUCGCAGGGCAUUGUGCCUAUCCCUAUAACGAUAAUUCACCAAAAUGGUUUUAUCAUUAUUAUGGAGAUACGCCUGUUUUAAUUGGACAUAUGGAGAAUUAUACGCUCACACCAAAUGAUCUUGGUUUUAUCAGAAAAACAAACCAAUCACAUAUCAGGGCAGUACCAAAUAUACGGAAUUUCAAGUUUCCAGCUUUGGCAAAUCCGACAUAUGUAGAAUACUUAAUUUUAGGAAGCACAAAAAUAACCAGUACUCUUAGUCAUAUAUGUAAGUCGGGUUAUGUAACUGGUAUUUCUUGUGGUCAUGUGACAUCACUUGAUGCAUCCAUUGGAAGUGAAACAGGUGAUAAAACAGGUGGCUUACUAACAAGCGCAUAUUCUGUUAGAGGUGAUAGUGGCGGAUCUAUGUUUCAAUUCCGUUACAGUAAUUUUUCGAUACCUUACGUAAAUGCAGUCGGUAUACUUGCAUCAGGUAAUUUAGAUAACACACCAAACAAUAGUAGAACAUAUUGCGAGCCAUUAAAUAAGGUUUUUUUUGAAUAUGGUUAUAGUCUUGUUCACCAUCCACUUUUAGAG